AUGGCUUCACUCUCGCCUACUUCCGAGUUACACAUAUUACACCAGUCUCACUCUCAGCCCCGCAAGCUAAAGAUCAUACAUGUCGGUGCGGGAGCCUCGGGCCUCCUUGCGGCCUACAAGGCAGAGCGCAUGCUGGUGAAUUAUGAACUAAUCUGCUACGACAAAUUCGCGCGCAAGUAUGAUCUAGAGAAAUACGUCCAGCUGCGAACCAGAGUUCUUGGUGCGGUGUGGAAUGCGGACAAGGGGAAAUGGAUCUUGGAGUUGGACAAAGAUGGGAACCGGAUAUUUGACUCCUGCGAUGUGUUGCUGAACGGCUCGGGAGUGGUGAACAAGCCCAAGUGUGUCGCUGCGCAUAGUGCGACUUGGGACCCCGAAAUAAGUUGGACAGGCAAGCGUGUUGCGCUCAUUGGGGCUGGCUCCAGCUCGGUCCAGAUGUUACCAUAUCUGGCCGAAGGUGCGUAUAGUUUUAUUCUAUGUCAAGACUCCAAAAGCGUUCACGUCUUUGCAAGAACCCCUACCUGGAUAGUUCCGCCGUUGGGUACGGACAUCACCAAGACCAACAAUGAGGGCAUUAGCUCUUCUCCGCUUCCCAAGCACCAAUAUGAUGAGGCAGAAAGGCAAAGAUUUCGCAUGGACCCCGCAUACUUCUUAAGUUAUCGGAAAAGCCUCGAAGCAACUCUUGCAAGCAACUUCCCUUUUUUCCUCCGAGACUCUCCUCUAAGCCAGUGGGCCAGCGCCGCGUUGCGUGAGAAUAUGCUCCAAAAGCUCGGUCCAGGCAACAAGGAGAUGAAAGAGAAAUUAAUACCAUCCUGGUCUCCCGGAUGCCGUCGUCUUACACCAGGAGAAAAUUAUCUUGAGACAAUGAUUGAAGAUCACGUGCACCCGGUUUUUGAAGGCGUCGCUAGAUUCACUCCCACGGGGCUCGUGACAGCUGGAGGCAAAGAGUUCGAGUUUGACCUAAUUGCCUGCGCCACGGGGUUCUACGUAUCUUACAUUCCGCAUUUCGAAAUCACUGGUGUCGACGGAGUGACGAUGAGGAACGAGUGGUCUGAGAAUCCGAAUAUCUAUCUCGGCAUAAGUGGCCCGAAAUUCCCUAACUAUUUUGUUAUAAAUGGGCCAACUGGAAACUGGGGCCAGGGCUGCGUUCUUCCUUCGCAUGAAGUCCAGAUUGAGUACGCCUUGCAAUGCUGCAAGAAGUUUCAGGACGAAGAUAUUAAAGCUUUGGAGGUGAAACAACUACCCACGACAGAAUGGAAUCAACACCUCGACAACUGGCACGCCAAGUACUCUGUGUGGGCGGAGAACUGUAACUCUUGGUACAAAGCAAAUAAGCCUAACGGCCGGGUAUAUAUCUGGCCUGGAAGUAUGCUCCAUCUUCUGAAAACAAUGAAGACGCCAAGGUUUGAGGAUUUUGAUAUUACGUAUCACUACAACAGGUGGACAUUUCUAGGCAAUGGCCGCACCCGACUCGAGGAGUUAUCUGAGGAGGGAGUUGAUGUGGAUCUUGCACCGUUUAUCCGAGACACUGAUAAACCAUGGACGGUUGACCCUUGA